ACAUUGCAUUCCUGACUCACUCUCUUUGCUGCCGACCACUUUCCUCACUCACCCUUACUGCCGACAGCCCUUUCCCUCACUCAUUGUGCCGAUCGACCGACAAUUCUUCCCUUACUCACUUCCUAUUGACCGACAUCCCUCUCCCUUACUCUAACUCACUUGUGCUCUCUCUCCCUCUUCUCCUCUCUGCACACAUGUUUUGCUCUCUCUCUCUCUCGCUCGCUCUCGCUCGCUCUCGCUCGGUCUCUCUCGCUCGGUCUCUCUCGCUCUCUCUGGCUCGCUCCUUCGCUUUCUCUCUUGGGUGUAUUUUUCUCAAUUGGGUCUUUGCCAUUUCUUGUUAUUGUUAAGCAAUUUGAGUUGACCCUUUUUUUUUUCUUAUAAAGUUGCCUCUAAUUGCUGAUUUUUGCGUUUUCCCUUCCUCAUAUAUCAAGCUCUCUCUAACCAUUUGUGCAGUUUCUGUUAAGGUGCUUUACUGAAGAACAAAGGCUUGGUCUUUGGCUUUGAUUUAUUGGAAUUCUAAUUGGAGAUAGUCAAAUUAAUCCUUGGUUUUCUGUGAAUUUGCUGAUGGGAGAUCAUUUUGCCUUGUUGGUGGAUCGAUUGCUGACGGAAUCUACAUUGGAAGCUGCAAUUGAGAGCAGAAACCGCUUGAUGCAGGCAACAGCAAAUGAAACAAAAAUUGUUAUAUCUUCCCAGAAAGUGGAUUCUAGAGAUGAUUCCUCUCCCAAGAAAAUGGUGGAGUGCAGGAUAUGCCAGGACGAGGAUGAAGAUUGCAAUAUGGAGACACCUUGCUCUUGUUGUGGGAGCCUGAAGUAUGCUCAUCGCAGAUGUGUUCCGAGAUGGUGUAAUGAGAAGGGUAACACCAUAUGUGAGAUAUGCCAUCAGCACUUCACACCUGGUUACACAGCUCCACCGCCUCUGUUUCAAAUUGGAGGUAUUCCAAUGAACCUCAGGGGAAAUUGGCAGACUUCUGGAAGAGAUUUGCAUGGUCCCCAGUUUAUAGCAAUGGUUUCAACUGACCGAAAUUUCCUUAAUCCUGAGUAUGAAGAAUAUUCAGCUUCAACAAGAAACUCAAACUGCUGUCGCUCAGUUGCUAUAGCUUUUAUGGUUCUUUUGAUUCUACGGCAUAUUCUUCCAGUCAUCCUUAGGACCAAUGAAGUUUCCUUCCCAUUGCUUAUGUUGUUAUUUCUACGAAUUGCUGGGAUUCUUCUUCCAGUAUAUGUUAUCAUGAGAGCAGUAACUGCUCUCCAGCGUCGCCUCCAUCAACAGGGAGCAUCAGGUGUUGGUUUAGGGAAUUUUGAAGAGAUUGGGCCACUGGAUGUUAAUCUAAAGCCAAGAAAUUCAACAUGGCUAAGAAUGGCUGAUCUCCUGUUUGUGGAUAAUCCAGUUGGUACAGGAUUCAGUUUUGUGGAGGAAUCAAAUUUAUUUGUGAAAACUGAUGAAGAGGCAGCAACUGAUUUAACCACAUUGUUGAAGGAAAUUUUUAACAGAAAUGAGAGCCUGCAACAAAGUCCUCUUCAUAUAGUAGCAGAGUCUUAUGGAGGCAAGUUUGCAGUAACUCUUGGAUUAUCAGCUCUAAAAGCUAUAGGAGCAGGCAAAUUGAAGGCUAAACUAGGAGGAGUGAUAUUGGGUGAUACUUGGAUCUCCCCAGAAGAUUUUGUGGUCCAAAGAAGUGCAGAAGAUCCUUCAAUUUUGGUGGCAACUUACAAAGGAGAGCACAACCACUUGCACCUUUCAAAGCUACAAUUUUCUUUAGGCUCGAGCCAACACAGUUCAAGUAUAGCAGGUCCAGUUCCCACUGCGAACCCUGCUACUACUGUAACUCUUGACCUGAUGAAACCUGGAAUGCUGCAGGAGAAUGCUGCAGGAGAAUGCUAAAAAGGCAGUAAAAGAAACUGAAGCUCAAGAUGUUGGGCAGAUUUUGGUCCAAAUUUUACAGCAGCACUUGCAGCUGCUAUCUCAGGAAGAUCAUUGAUCAACCAGACCCGGAUAGAGAAAUGGUUAAAUUAGAAGUAGUAUCAUGAAGAUUUUAUGUUCUUUUUGUGUUAAAUUAAUUAGAGAUGAUUGAUGUAUAUAGAAGAAAGCUAAAACUAAAGGAGAAUUUUUUUUUUUUUUGAAAUUUGUAGACAAUGUUUAUUUGAUUCAUUUGCAAUGAAGAAAGAAAAGCAAUUAGGUCUUUAAAGA